GACACUCUAAUCUUCACCAUGACUACCGCUAAACUUUUUUACGACGCUUUCAAGACCAAAUCUGGCAAGACUAUUACUAUUGGUACUGGUACCGGUACAAAGUGGAAGCGUAACCCAGCUGACAAACAAAUCAAUCAAGAAUUGGUUGAUCAAAUCGUGUCUACCAUUAACUUGGGGUUUAACCAUAUUGACACAGCACAAGUAUACAACACCCAUGAAGAAGUUGGUGCUGCGUUAAAGAAAAGCGGAAUUGCCAGAGAAGAUUUGUGGAUCACUGAUAAAUACUGUCCAGGAAGAAGUGAUGAAACACCAACUGAUAUUAUUGAUUUAGCGUUGGAACAAUUUGGUACUAGUUACAUCGACUUAUUUUUAAUUCAUCAUCCUUUCUUCGAUGAAGAUAAUUCAGUCACUUUAGAACAAGCCUGGACUGAAUUAAUUCAAGCCAAGAAAGAUGGCAAGGUUCGAGAAAUCGGGGUGUCCAAUUUUGCUUCUGUUCACUUGGAAAAAUUAUUUGCAAUUUCGGAAAAGUAUGGUAAGGAGUAUGUACCACGGGUUAAUCAAAUUGAAUUCCACCCCUUUUUACAGAAUCAAUCCAAGGAUAUCGUCAAGUAUUGUCAUGACCAUAACAUUCUCGUUGAAGCUUACAGUCCACUAGCUCCUUUGUCUCGAGUAGGCAAUAACAACCCAUUAAUUCAAUACUUGAAGCCAUUAGAGGAGAAAUAUGGGAAGACUGCAUCGCAAAUCUUGCUUAGAUACACUUUACAAAAACAGAUUCUUCCAAUCACGACGUCAUCCCAACAAUCUCGAAUGAAACAAUCCUUGAACAUUUACGACUUUGAAUUAAAUGACGCGGAAAUUAAUGAAAUCGACACCAUAGGUCAAGCUAAUCCAUAUAGAGCCUUCUUUAAACAAUACGAUCAUGUGUUAUAGACAAUAAAAUCGACAUGACUC